GGGGUGUCAUAGGCAGCUUAUUCUGUGACUGAAUCAAUGGCAAUUUUUUGAGGAAGGAAGGGAAAAGAAACAUGUUGGAAGAGAGAACAUUGUCACCAGAGACUACAGAGGAAGUGGAAAGAUUAGUGAGCCUAGCCCAGGGGUCAGGUGCCCUCCCUCGGGUCACUUUCAACACUCCAGAGAAGCUUGAGGAAGAAUCAUGCCACAGAAAGCUGGCCAAAUUAACAACCAAGUAUAAUCGGAAAGACCUUCAGAGGUGGAGAGACCUGGAGGAAUGGAUUGAUGCCCAACUUCAGGAGCUGUAUCAGUAUCAGUUCCAGGAGGAGACAGAAGCAACAGCUGCCCCAGAGCCUGAAAUUGACAUUGAAGAUCUUCUUGAAGUCUCUAAUGAGGAACAGAAAUCAAGACUACAGGAAAUUCUUCACAAGUGUUCCCGACCUACAGAGGACUUUGUUGCAGAACUGCUUGAUCGAUUGAGAGGUCUUAGGAAAAUUGUCAAUCCUCAGAGGAAAUGACUCUUAAUGGCAAACCCAAGGGGAAAACACAGCGUGCUGCAGAAGAGAAUUAUCAGGAUAUGGAAUUGCAAGCUUUGUCCAAUGUGGUGCAUAUUUCAAAACUUCCAUCCCCAUUGUUACUUUGGAUUUCUAUCUACAGGCAAUGAAGUCUAUUUGAAGAGGAGAAGACCAUGUGCUUCAUCAGAUCCUUGAGCCUGCCAUGAAAGGCUUGCAUAUAGCAACACUGGGGAAGACUAUCACCUGAAGUCUUAUAGAGCCACUGCCAGGCAGUGUAGAACACUGGGCUAGAGAGCAAAAGGAAAGACUCAGUGAUGGGGGGUCAAGAUAGGCAUGAUGGUAACAGCCCCAUAUUUUAACAUAUGAGUUAUAGUCAGCUGAAUAUGAAAUGGGAGGUGUCAUGCACAGAAGACACAAGUGGGAAAGGGAUUCUGAAUCCUUCCUUCACUCGUGCACCCCCACCCUCCAAUUAUGUCCCUACAGCUGCUCCCUUUUGCCCACUCUCAGAUAUCAGAAGUAAGCUCCUCUGUGGAAAAAGCUGGUUGAAGUAAAGGGGAAGUUAUGGCAGGGGGGUGGGAAAUACAGAAGAAGAAAGGAUUCAGCACUCUCUCUUCCCCGGCCCAUUCUUGGCUUUAAACAGCAAUAAACAACCAUGUGUGGCACAGAGAAAUAAAGAAAAUAUAUAAAUAUACAAUAAAGUGAUUUCAACCAA